AUGAGCGUUGUUUACGAACCCCGCAGCUUCAUCCAUGAUGGCGGAUAUCCGCCCAUGGAUGAUCACCACGACCCCUCCCCAGACGCGGACCGAUUUACCGAUCCCACCGAUGCCGUUGUCAACGAACUGGCAACCACUGUCGCAACAUUCACCGCUCCCCACUCGCAGUUCGUGGACGCGACAGAGCCCCGGCUUGAUCUGCCCGUCGGCCCUCCCCCAGCCACGACGACGACAGCCGUCAAGGAAGACUCGCCAAUCGCGACAACACCUCAGCGCAUCAAGGCGAUUCCCAAGCCGGAUCGGGAGGUGACCAGGAAUUUGGAAGGCAGGUUUAUUUGCACUUGGCCCGGCUGCGCCGAAGAACCAAAAGAGUUUGUCCGCAAAUGCGAGUGGAAUAAACACAUGGACAAGCAUGAUCGGCCCUAUAAAUGCGCUGCAGCGGGGUGCGAGAAGCUCCCCGGCUUCACAUAUUCCGGCGGCCUCCUGCGGCACGAGCGCGAAGUCCACGGCAAGCAUGGCGGGCCCAAGAACUCGUUCUACUGCCCGCAUCCCAACUGCAAGCGCCACUCCGGCAAGGGCUUUUCGCGCCAAGAGAACCUCAACGAACACUUGCGCCGCGUGCACACGCAAAACGGGGCUGCGAUCAACGGGACCGAGGGUGAGACGGACGACAAUGCGAGCGACCACGCCGUCGCAGCCGGCCAGAAGCGCAAGCGCGACGACCGGGGCGCCGACGCCGACAUGCGAGAGGAGAUCAAGCGCGUGCGGCAGGAGAACGAAGAGCUGCGCCGCCAGGUCCAAGCGCAGACCCAGCAGACGGUGAUCAUGAUGCAGAAGAUCACCGCGCUCCAGCAAGCUCUCGAGACGCGGAUGCCCAGUGCCGUGCCCACGGCACCGAUGGCGGCCGCGACGAUGAUUUAG